AUGUUACCAAAUAGUGAACGUCAUGAUAUAAAUGUUCGAUUAGCGCUUGGAAGUACGUUAUGCGGAUUGGGUCAUGAUUGUUUAGUGAAAAUUUUAGAUGUUCUGAAUUUACCACCACCAGUUCAAGAACAUAAGUAUCGAGCUACACAAGAAUUCCUUCUCGCUUACGUAGAAAAAGCUAAAGAUAAUUCUUUGGCAGCUGCUGCUGAAACAGCUGUUGAUGAAGGUGACGUACGCGAUAUGACGAUGAGUGAUGACGGUGCAUGGCUUACUCGAGCUCAUUCGAGUGUUCAUGGAAUCGCUGCUUUAUGCAGAGCAACAAAACGACCAAAAGUAGUUGAUACAAACUGGUCUUCGGAAAAAUUCGCGAAAUAUCAAUGA